CCCAGGCUAUCUGUGCCCUCCCUUUGGGCUUUUAAAAACCACAGCCUUCAGGCAGGAGGACGUUUUGCCCAGUGGAGGACACGGAGAACUCAGGAAACCUAAAUAUGGACAACGUGAGCACUGUGACUAAUUACGAUUACGAGACCUUCACCUGGGACCCCAAUGCACCAGUGGAUAGCUCUCUCAACACCCACCGGGUGAGCCCUCCAGACGUGGCUGCCCUGGUGGUCUUUGCGGCCGUCUUCCUGGUGGGAGUGCCAGGCAACUUGCUGGUGAUCUGGGUGACGGGGUUCGAGGCCAGGCGUACCAUCAACGCCGUCUGGUUUCUCAACCUGGCGGUGGCCGACCUCCUCUGCUGCCUGACGCUGCCCAUCCUGUUCGUGACCAUCAUCCAGAGAAACUACUGGCUCUUCGGGGACGCCGCCUGCCACAUCAUCCCCUCGCUCCUUCUGCUCAACAUGUAUGCCAGCAUCUUGCUUCUGGCCGUCAUCAGCGCCGACCGCUUUCUGCUGGUGUUUAAUCCCGUCUGGUGCCAGAACUUCAGAGAGGCCCGCUUGGCCUGGGUGGCCUGUGCCGCCGCCUGGAGCCUGGCCCUGCUGCUGAGCAUCCCCUCCUUCCUGUAUCGCAAGGUGACCAUAGAUCCCUUUCCAUACAAGGAAAUGUGCAGCGUGGACUACGGGAAAGGCGGGCGCCACACGGAGAGGGCCGUGGCUACCGUCCGGCUGGUCAUGGGCUUCCUGGGUCCGCUGGUCACUCUGUCCACCUGUUACGCCUUCCUUCUGAACCGGGCGUGGAGCCGCAGUGCCACGCGCUCCGCCAAGACGCUCAAGGUGGUGGUGGCGGUAGUGAUGAGCUUCUUUGUCUUCUGGCUGCCCUACCAAACAACGGGGAUGUUCCUGACCUUUUCCCAUUGGAAGAGCAAGACCUUCCAGUAUGCGAAAUAUGUGGAUGCCUUGACCAUCGCCAUUGCUUACAUCAACUGCUGUAUCAACCCCAUCAUCUACAUCGUGGCCGCCCAGGGCUUUCAUGCUCGCUUCCUCAAGUCUCUGCCCGCCCGGAUCCGCAACGUGCUGAGCGAGGAGUCUAUGGUCAGGGAGUCCAAGUCCUUCACGCUCUCCACGGCGGACUCCCCACCCCAGAAGAGCCAGGUCCUGUGAGGGGAGGCUCCCGGGCCGCCAUCUGCUGUGGCCGCCCCUCCGCCUUCCGUUCCGUCCAUUCUCUUCUGCUUACUUUAACUCUGCCCUGGAUGCACUGGUGUUGUUUUAGGGGACUCUCCUGUGUUCUUCCUCAUUCCAAGAUCAAUGAACACUUCCUUCUGGAGGCCAUACAACCUUUCUCUUCAUAGAAAGACUUUGAAAAACUAACAGACACCCAUGUAUCAAGAUUACCCUCAGACAGCAACCUGUUUACACUGAUGGAGAGAGUGUAAAGAAAAUACAUCAAAGUCAUAGAAUACAGAGGAAUGGAAACAUUCUAACUUUUCAAAAAUAGUUGUGCAUUGGGCUCUGGCCCGGUAGCUGACAACUCAGCUAUCUCCUGAUGCACCGAAGUUUUGGGUUCGAUUUCCGGUCAGGGCACAUAUAAGAGACAACCAACGAAUGCAUCAGUCGAACAACAGAUCGAUGUUUCUCUCUCUCUCCCUUUCUCUCUCUUUCAAAAAAAAAAAAAAAAUCAACGAAUAAAAAAACAUUUUAAAUGAUUAUGUAUUUAUUUUAUGGAGAGGUGGAAAAUGUUAACUGGCACCUCCAAAGUGUUUCUUGUUUAGGACAAAGGAAAAGUACAUGUACCUACUAAGCUUUUGUAAGUAAGUUGAUUUCAAGAAAAUAAGUUAAAAUAUUACUUAAACGGGGUUUCAAAAAAGGCUUAAGUAGAAACACGUGUGUGGUUGUGGAGACAGUCAAGCGGGAGGAAGGCGUUUUAAAAGCUGAGGGAGGAGGGACUGUUCCAAUACCUCCAGGCCAUGGGAUCGCAUAAGAAUUCAAGUUUUUAUUUUGUAAACUACUGUUUGCUCUCACAUAAAAAAAAAUUAACACUUUACAUUGACAGCAUCGUAGACUCUCUUGACCUACUUCCCUCAGUUAAAGCAUCUUGCAAAACAAUGUUAUGAAAUCACAAUCAGGAUGUUGACUUCGAAACAAUCCAGGCACAGGACACUUUCGUCACCAGGGUCCUGUGUGGUCCCUUUUUCUAGCCACGUCCACUUCCCUCCACCCUCCCUCAGCCUUGUCCUGAACCCCUGGCAACCACAGAUCUGCCUCCAUCUCUGUAAUUGUGCCUUUUGGGGAAUGUCCUAUCAAUGGAAUCAUAUGGCAUGUAACCUUCUGACUAUGUAAAAAGCGAGUGUACAUCACUUAUAAUGAAAAUAAAAUAAACGUUAAAAUGUUGUGUAUAAUUGUAAAACAUUUCUGUGUAGCAU